AUGAGCGAGCGACUGCGUCAAAUCCAUCAACAACUGCAGCCUAGCGACCCCGCCGCCGACCCCAGUCGCCUAGAUGGCCAGGUAGUGAUUAUCACGGGGGGUGCUCAAGGAGCCAAGAUCGCCGUCAAUGAUUUGGAUAUAAAUAAAGCGGAGGAUGUGGUAAGGGAAAUCCGCGGAUUUCAGGGCGAUGCGGAAAGCUUUCCAGGCAACGUCCUUGACGAGAAAUUUCCGCCGCAGUUGGUCAACACCGUACUGCAGAGAUGGGGCAAGGUCAACUGCCUCAUUAACAAUGCCGGUUUCUGCCACGAUAGUGCAAUCCACAAGAUGGACGAAGACAAGUUCGAUAUUAUCAUGAAAAUCUACAACUACGUGCCGUUCCGGAUGACACGAGCGCUAUCUGGCCAUUGGAUGGAUUCGGCUCAUAAAGACAUGCCAAAGACCGUGAUCAACGUGUCGUCUACGUCUGGCCUGCAUGGAUCGAUGGGACAGAUCAACUACGCAACGGUCAAAGCUGGGGUCGUCGGGCUAACGAAGACCAUAGCGUCGGAAUGGGCCCGAUAUAAUAUUAGGGCUAAUGCAGUGGCCUACGGUUGGAUUGAUACGCGAAUUACUUGCCCGCCCACCGAGUCGAAGCCGAUGAUGCUGGGAGGGCAGUCCAUUCGUCAUGGGAUCCCGGAAAGUGCGAAGAAAUGGCGAGAUGUGUCUGAUAUUCCGCUCGGUCGACCUGGGUCUGCGGACGAAGCUGCGCGGGUGAUGCUUUUUCUGGCCAGUCCGCUGUCUUCGUACGUAACUGGCACUUGCAUCGAGUGCACGGGAGGACGCUUUAUGUAG